UCCAGAGGCGCGGCCGCGGGGCACAGCAGCGCCGGCACAAGGUGGGGAGCAAGCCCCGUCCUACCGCUGCCCCUGUCCUCUUGCAGGAGGGUCGAGCGCCGGGGAGCUGAUCCUCAUCCAGGCGGAUGAAUGGCGGCGGCGGACGACCUCAAAUUUCAAGAAUUUGAYGAUGCAGCUAAUUUGCUUGCAGCAAAUCCUGAUGCCACCACCAUAAGCAUCGAGGAGCCAGUCGAAAUCCCCAAGAAUCAGCACACUCGCCUGCAGGAGCCAGGGAGAGAAGAGGAUGAUGAGUUACUGGGCACCGAUGACUCCGAUAAAACAGAGCUGCUUGCAGGACAGAAGAAAAGUGCCCCUUUCUGGACUUUUGAUUAUUACCAGACCUUCUUCGAUGUGGACACAUACCAGGUCCUGGACAGAAUCAAAGGUUCAGUGUUCCCAGUACCAGGGAAGAACUUUGUAAGGCUGUAUAUCCGCAGCAAUCCUGACCUUUAUGGUCCCUUUUGGAUAUGUGCCACACUCGUGUUCACCAUUGCUGUUAGUGGCAAUCUCUCAAAUUUCUUCAUCCAUCUGGGCAAACCAACAUACCACUAUGUGCCCGAGUUCAGAAAAGUGUCCAUAGCAGCUACAACRAUUUAUGCGUACGCUUGGCUUGUUCCCCUUGCUCUCUGGGGAUUCCUAAUGUGGAGGAACAGUAAAGUCAUGAACAUUGUUUCCUACUCAUUCCUGGAGAUAGUGUGUGUAUAUGGCUACUCCCUCUUCRUUUACAUUCCCACAGCUAUUUUGUGGAUCAUUCCCCAGAAGGUGGUGCGCUGGGUGCUGAUGGUGUUCUCCCUGUGCCUCUCGGGGUCUGUGUUGGUGAUGACCUUCUGGCCCGCGGUUCGAGAUGACAACCGCAGGAUCGCAGUGGCCACYGUGGCCACCAUCCUGCUGCUUCACGCCCUGCUGGCUGUUGGCUGCUUGGCAUACUUUUUUGAUGCCCCUGAACUGGAUUUUCCUGCACCUAUUAUCCCUGCUCACAAUGGAACAACAGUAAUAACAAAGAGUCACUAAAUAAGAUGACAGCACCGUUUUCUCCAUCUAUACAGUAGUUUUAUUUUAGAUUAUUUUUUCACUGAAGAACCGUGGAAACUGCAAGAACCUGGGAUGUGUUUUGUAGCAGGACAGACAGCAAUGUGCUGUGGACAUUGGACAUUUCUAUGCUUGCUGGACGCUGGUUCCAUGAGGAGAAUGAACAUCAAUCCCCAUCUAGAACAGAGGGUUUUUUUUUUUAAUUUGGUUGGUGUUUUUUUUAGGUUUUGUUUUUUCUUUAAUUCAGUCUAAGCUCGCCACACUGUUUUGCCCYUGAAUAAAGCGUUCUGAAGGCGA